GUGUUGCAAAAGUCAAACUUUAAUUCUUAACUGGUUGAUAAUUAACACGAAAGUGCAUUUAGAUUAAACAUCUUACUUAUUUUAGCCAAGAGUUCAGUUGCUAGAAUUGAACCAAGAAUAAAUCGACUUGCUGGUUUGCCAGUUCUUGUAUAUGAUAAUAAAGUUCACUUCAUUAAUGUGGCUCACACCAUAAAAGACAUUAUUCAUGACCACUGCUAUGUCUGUCGUACCUCAGCCAGCAUUAUGAGUCCCAGUAUUUGAUGAAUGGCUAUGUCAGCAGUGGAGAUGGUAUACAUAUGUGUGAAGAGGAAAGAUAUUCUACUAGAUCUAUAGGAAGCAGAAUUAAAUGGAAGAGAAGGAAUCAGAAGAAGAAUUAUUCAGAAAGAUCUAUACUGAAUGGAAAGGAUGUAACAGUGAAACAAAUACAAAAAUACCACCAUUUUAUUUUCAGCUACCAGCAGAAGAUGACUUAUUACAACAGAAACUGAGGGAGGAAUCCAGAGCUGUGUUUCUUCAAAGAAAGAGUAAAGAACUACUGGACAAUGAUGAACUUAAGGCUCUUUGGGUAUUGCUUGACAAACACCAGUCUCCACCAUUAAUAGGAGAUGAACAGAUGAUUAAUUACAAGGACUUUCUGAAAGUUGCACAACAAACAGGACCAAAGUGCAAGCAGUAUUUCAAAGCCACUAUAUAUGCCAAGCUUCUCCAAGAUGACCCAUACGGGCGUAUUUCUGUAAUGCAUUUCUUCAAUUAUGUGAUGCGUAAGGUAUGGUUACAUCAGACAAGGAUUGGUCUUUCGCUUUAUGAUGUAGCAGGACAAGGAUAUUUAAGGGAGUGUGACUUGGAAAACUAUAUAGUGGAACUUAUCCCAACCCUUCCACAACUUGAUGGACUGGAGAAGUCAUUCCAUUCUUUUUAUGUUUGCACUGCUGUUAGAAAAUUCUUCUUUUUUCUUGACCCAUUGAGGACUGGUAAAGUUAAGAUACAGGACAUUCUAGCCUAUAGUUUUCUUGAUGAUUUACUUGAGUUGAGAGAUGAAGAUCUACCUAAAGAUAUACAGGAUUCUAACUGGUUUUCUGCACCUUCAGCUCUGAGAGUUUAUGGCCAAUAUUUAAACUUGGACAAAGAUCGUAAUGGGAUGUUAAGUAAAGAAGAGCUUGCAAGAUAUGGAACAGGAACACUUACAGAUGUGUUUGUUGAGAGGGUGUUUCAGGAGUACUUAACCUAUGAUGGAGAAAUGGACUACAAGACAUACCUAGAUUUUGUGCUGGCAUUAGAAAAUCGUAAAGAGCCUCAGUCUUUGAGAUACUUUUUCCGUAUACUUGAUGUGCAAAGCAAAGGAUACUUAAAUAUAUUUUCUUUGAAUUUCUUCUUUAGGGCCAUACAAGAACAGAUGAGGGUUCAUGGACAGGAACCAGUUUCUUUUGAAGAUGUGAAAGACGAGAUCUUUGACAUGGUAAAGCCUGAAGAUCCUUUGAAAAUAACAUUACAAAAUCUAAUUGAUUGUGGCCAAGGUGAUACUGUGGUCAGUAUCUUGAUUGAUUUGAAUGGUUUCUGGACAUAUGAGAACAGAGAAGUGUUGGUAAACGAUGAGGCAGAGGUUUGAAGACCCAAAAACUCCAAACUUUCAGUUUCAUUUCAUAGCUAUGUGAUUGGGACCCUGGUGAGGCAAAGAUGUUGAUUAAGCACCAGUCUAGUGAUGUUGCUGCAGGAAAUGUAAAAGAGGGAAUAAAAAGAAAAUGAUUGUUAUAUAAAUAAUUUCCAAGACCUGGAAUACCUUAAGCCUAGUGAGGAAGAUUCAAAAAGCUAUAAGGCUGUGGAAAAUGUAUAUUCAGGAUCAUUUGAAAGUGAGAUUAUUGGUAGUAAUGCCUCAAUUUAUGUAUAAAAUGUAAAAAAAAUGUACAAGAAACUUGGUCAGAAGUAACAAAUGUAUUGAUGUAAAACACUAGAAACAUUUAUAAAAACCUUUUCUUGGUACA